AUGUCUCUAUAACAUUUAUAAACAAUAAAGGAAGAAAGGCAUUCCUAAGAAAACAUGGACUUAGCCCAAAACCUUUUGGAUAAACCUAAAGAUAGGGAACGUGAAGCUGACGAAGAUGAGCAAUUUCUUCCAGAUGAAUAGAAGGACGUGAGUGAUGAAGAUGUUCAAGAUUAAUAACAGAAAUAAGAAAAUUUCAAAAGCUUUGUUGUUGGCACUGGAAUGGGUGGAUUCUUGUUUGAAGAGACAUUCGGUUUUGAUGAUAAGAAAUAGAAGAAUAAUAAUAAGUAAAUCAAGAGAUUGACUUUGAACACUCGAAUUACAUAGAUAGUAGGACUGAAUAAGUUAGCAGAUGAUGAAGAAGAUGACCAUUAACUUUAUGAGAAAAUUCCUUAGUAUUUAGCUUGGGGUAUCAUUUUUUAUGCAUCUUUCAAUAACGCUAUGAUGCCUCCAUGGAUUAUGACAAUACCGGCUGAAAAGUACUUACGUAUUGCUUGGAGAUUUUUAUUGUAAGGAAUAUUCCUUAUCCCUUUUAUCAUGUAUGAAUACCGAACAGGAAAUGAAAAAGUUAAGUCAGCUUAUACCUCAGAAUUUCUGCUGAGGUGGACCCACAUGAGGAAAGUGUAUAUGGCAAGUUUGACAACAACCGUAACUUUUGCUGUAUUCCUGUUUUGUUUUGAUUAUACUAAUAUUUCAAGUGUCUUUGUAUUGGGGUCUCAGACUAAUUUUUGGUUGUCUGUCUUUAGAAAAAAAGAAAAUAACCACAACAUCGAAGGGGGAGGUAAAAUCAUGUGUGUCGUUGGAUAUCUGCUUAUUUGUUUAGAUUCAUAUAUGUUAGAUACUGAUACCAUUCCUGAUUCAGCCAAAAGCUAUAUUAAUCCUUUGUUGUACAAAAGACCAAUCUGGAUGAGAAUUAUGAUUGGAAAUACCAUACCAUUCUUAGCUUCUAUCAUCUUGGCUGAAUUAUCAAAGGCUAAUCAAGAUCUCAGAACUGUAUUUCCUCCUUUCCUCGCUAAUUUUUGUGUAGCAUUUUUUGUUUGUCUGAAUAUGUGUAUGGUUUCAUUCUUCAUGGAUGGCACAUCAAUUAAUUUUGAUUCCCGAUGGGGUUGGUUUGGAUUGUUUCAAAAUGGAAAAUUCAUGGGCUUUUUCUACAUGUCUACCAUGUUAAGCAUUGGAGUUUUCAUCUCUUCUAUCUUAAUCAGUAAGCUAUUUGAACCUAUUGUACCGGCUACUGCUGCCUUAUUUGAACCUGUCAUCACAGCUAUCUUGUGUGACAUUGCUACUGUUCAAUAUUAUCCCUCUGCUAUUGCCUGUUUUGGCUAUGUAUUUCUAUUGCCUGGCUAAUUUAUUAUUAUUGUUGGAUAGCAUAUAUUGAAAAAGCAGCAAGAACAAGAACAAAAAUAAAAAAUAGAAUAACAAUAGCAAAUUCAUGCUUCUAGAGCUCAACAAUGA